AUGGCGACUAUUGACGAUCUUGGUAAUGCAAAAAUAAGUACCAAUGAUUUGCUUGCUUUUCAAAGAGAAUUAAAACAAGAAAAGGAACUUUUACAAAAAAUAUUGAUAAAAAUUGACGAUCAAUUAAAUAGUUUGCAGGUGGAACAACUUCAUUUAUUGGGAUUAAUGAACAAAUCAUUAAAAGGUACAAAAGUAAAGUCUCAAAUGUCUCAACAAAUGUAUAAAUCAACAAAUGAUAAUCAACAAGCCUCCACAAAUAAAUUAUUAGACUUGUCUAUACCUUCAACUUCCAAAUACUACGAGGAAGAAAUGGAAGAUGAAGAUGAUUAA